AGCGCAAAGCGCAAGCGAAGUCCUUCGUUGGCCCCAUACCAAGGAGCAAUUCCGCCGCAGAACAAGGCGCCAAAGACGAACAACGUGAGCAGUCAGCUGCAGAUCAACUACAUUGCCCGCCAAUGCAUCGACGACCUCCCCUUCAUUUCCAAGGAAGACACACUUCCUGGUAUGCUAGAGACUCUGUCAUCAUACACUCAAGUUCUGGAUCGUCAUGAGUCGCUGGCUAGCAACCUCGGCGCUCGUCCUCUCGGUCCAAUCCUGAUCAAGCGCUUCGAGCGUUGCUUCGAUGCGCCUCCGCGAGUCAUCGCUUCACAUUCUCAUGCUAGAGAGUCAGACCUGCCUCAGGUGACCUGGCUGGACGUCGUGCACUUUGCCCAAGCACAUCCCUCGCAAUUCACCCUGUCCACCUUCAGCGAAGGUCGUCGUGUGUGCCAGUUCUACUACCCCCAGAAGCAAGUGCGCGUGCAGAUUUCUGAAGAGGACUUUCUGUUCAUCAACAGUGGAAGAUGUCAAGACUUGAUUCCACCGCUCCCUAUCUGGGAGGACGAAGAGAAAGAGGUGGCUACAUGCGAGCUCGUCGAGAAAGCUUUGCGAGAUCUCACUGCAGCUGCCGACUCGGUCGCCGCUCGUACCCGCCAACUGGCCCAUCGCCUGAAGGGGAGAAGAAUGGCUAUUCUCGAACGCAGAUCUACCGAAGAGUCGCAUAACAAUCAAGUCCAGCAGCAAGCUGUUCCUCCUUCUUUCGUCUCGUCGAAUUCUACCUCAGUAUCUCCCGUUCCUACCAACGUCGCCGCCAUAGCAGCCGCCGCUGCUGCCCAAGCUUCGCACUAUGUCCGCGACGAGUCACCACAAUCGCAACCCCGCCACAACUUCUCAAAACCCCUGCCCCCAUCGCAAGAAGUGUCGCAACCUUAUCGUACAAUUUGUCAAGCUCACAUGGAAAGCCUGCCACGCGGUUCUCGUGUCAUGCCCCCAUGCGACCGCUGCAGACGUCUGAAGAUGGAUUGCCUGAAGAAUCUGUCCUCAUGUGGUGGAUGCACCAAGAAGCAUGCAAGAUGUCACUGGAAAGACGUAUCCCGUGAAGAAGUACAAGGACUAGAUGGCUUCGAAGAGGCA